AUGGAUCACACGGCCCUCAGGCUGGUUGGGGGAGGAGGUGCCUGCGCUGGGAGGGUGGAGGUUUAUCACAACGGCUCCUGGGGGACGGUCUGCGAUGACUCCUGGGACCUGGCAGAUGCUGAGGUGGUGUGUAAGCAGCUCCAGUGUGGGACGGCACUCAACGCCUCAGUGUCAGCCUCCUUCGGCCAGGGGACCGGACCCAUCUGGCUGGACGAGCUGCGCUGUCAGGGGAACGAAUCGACUCUGUGGGAGUGUGACUCAGGAGGGUGGGGGCAACACAACUGCAGACACAAGGAGGACGCGGGAGUCGUGUGUUCAGAGUUCAAGAAGCUGAGACUGUCUCGGGGCUGUUCUGGACUGGCAGAGGUUUUCUACAAUGGCACCUGGGGCAGCGUCUGCUAUAACGGCAUGGAUAAAAACACAGUUAAGAUGAUAUGCCGUGAGGUCAACUGUGGAGAGAGUUCUGAAAUAUCAAUGCCACUUCCAGCAUCUAGCACUGCGCGCAAGUGGCUUGUGUGA